AGGUUCGGCGGUGGUAGUUUGAUUUCGUCCCCCGCUCGCGCUGCCCUCGCGUGCCCCGGGCUGUCGGCUGGUCGCGCGAGCGAUGCCCAGGCUGGGCCGGACGGCCGCUCACUGAAAGCGCCCCGCUCGCGGUUCCCGCUGCCACCGCCGCCUUCUUUUCCCAAUCCUUCCGACGAAACCUUUCUCCCCCUCCCCUCUGCUGUGGCUUCGACGGCGAAGAGGAUGUCGGCUGUGGCUGUUUGGGCCGCCGCCCUCUUGGCACAAGUGUGCUGUUCACAUGCGCUAAUUCACUUCACUAAGGAGCCCUAUUCCCAAGAUGCUUUACAUGGGCGCAGUGCAAUUCUUCGCUGUGAAGUUCAGACUCCAACAAAUAUAAAAUUUGAGUGGCUUCUAAAUGGCAAUCCUGUAAAGACGUCUGAAAGGCGCUUCGUUGAAGGAAGCAAUUUGCAGUUUACAGCAGUUGAUCGGAGAGAAGACAGUGGAGACUUUCAGUGCAUUGCUCGGAAUACAGUCACUGGAGAGAAGGCUGAAACGUCAGUGGCAUCUUUCAAUAUCAAAUGGAUAGAAACAGGAGGAGUGAACUUGAAAGUUCCACAGAAUGCGUCUGAAAUACAAACGUCAGCUCCAAUAACUCUGCAGUGUCGCAUUAACGGACACCCCCGUCCCAGUUGGCAGUGGUUCAGAGAUGGAAUCCACUUAACGGAUAUGAACCAUUAUACAUUUAACACCAAAGAGCACAGUUUGACCAUACCAAGUGCCAGCCCUGAUGAUAAUGGUGUCUAUUACUGCUGUGCAAAGAAUGCAGUUGGAAAUGUUUGCAGCAAUGAUAACUUCACUCUAAUGAUAAUUGAUGCCAGUUUUCCUCAGCCUUUGAUCCGACCCCAGGACCAGAUUGUGAAUAAGAAGGAAGAUGCCAUGUUUCAUUGUCAGUUCACAGCUACACCUCCUCCAGUACAGGAAUGGUUAUUUGAUGAUGCCAUCAUUCAUAACUCAUCACGGACUGUGGUGUUUGCUAAUGGAUCUCUGCUGCUUACCAAUGUGAAACCUCGCAGUUUUGGUGUGUACAAGUGUGUUGGUCGGGGCCCAAGAGGGAAGCCCACUGUGAUGGAAGCUGCUCUACGCAUGGCAGAAAUCCAUGAUAUGCUGCCAUUCAUUCCAAAAAUUUUGAUUGCAAAUACCACAAAAGACAUUGAAUGUUCACCUCCAAGAGGACUACCUCUGCCUGAGGUGUCGUGGUACAAGGGUAGUGUGCAAGUUCCAGCUGAAGGUCGUGUCUAUCAGACUGGGAAUAAGCUGGUUUUCAAUCAGACAACAGAGCAAGAUUCAGGAAUUUAUACCUGUCGUGCAAGAAACAAAGCUGGAGAGAAGAACAGUGAGCUGAAUGUCACUGUAGCAACAAUCCCAGAGUGGGUGGUCAAACCAUCUGACUGCCAGCUAGAUGAAGGAAUGCCUGGAUUUUUGCCCUGUAGCACUCGAGCUACCCCAGCUCCCAUCAUAACGUGGUUCCGGAACAAUGUGGACAUUUCUGGUGACAGCCGGUUUGAGCAGCUGGCCAAUGGAACUCUGCGUAUUAAUAAUGUGGAAGUAUAUGAUGGAACUUUGUAUAAAUGCCAGAGCAGCACCCCAGCAGGGUACAUCGAGGGAUAUGCUCGUGUCCAAGUCCUCGAGAAGCUGAAGUUCACGCCAACUCCACAGCAACAUCAGUGUAUGGAGCUGAAUAAGGAUAUGACAAUACAGUGUUCUGCUACUGGCCGUGAGAAACCAGCUAUCAGAUGGAGCAAAAGUGAUGGCAGUCAUAUAUCCCCUCACAUCAGGCAGAAAGCUGGAUUAUUGCACUUCACCAAUGUGACCAAAGAUGAUGCUGGACAAUAUACCUGUAUUGCAUCAAACAGUCAAGGAGAAAUCAAAGCAUCUGUUCGCCUUAUUGUUGCAGUCUUACCGAAGUUUAAGAUGGAGCCGGAAAACACAACUGUGUACCAGGGAUACAUUGCAGUGCUAAACUGCCAAGCCACAGGGGAACCACAGCCUAACAUCCAUUGGAAAGUGAAAGAGAAGAUCUUGGACUCCAAUAAAGGCUCACAGAGGGUACGGAAAAUGGAUAAUGGUUCAUUGGUAAUCUAUGAUGUCAAUGCAGAGGAUACAGGGAAGUACACAUGCAUUGCUGGCAACAAUUGCAACAUACAGCACCGAGAUGCUUUUCUCUAUGUUGUUGAAAAACCAGCUGCUCAUGGUGAUGAAGACAAGCAGCAUACUCCAUACAAGAUGAUUCAGACAAUUGGCCUUUCUGUUGGAGCUGCAGUUGCCUAUAUUAUCAACGUACUGGGUCUCAUGUUCUACUGCAAAAAGCGACGAAAGGCAAAGCGAUUGAACAAAGGGCCAGAAGGGGAGGAACCUGAAAUGGAAGUGCUGAAUGGUGGCACUGUGCAGCAGAACGGCCAGUUAACAGCUGAGAUUCAGGAGGAAGCAUCUAUUAACAACAUCACUAUGACAGUGGUCCCCAACAAACGCCACAGUGUGCAUGAUAAACUGCACUUCCCUCGUGCAAACCUUCAGACAAUCACAACCCUUGGAAAAGGAGAGUAUGGCGAAGUGUUCUUGGCUAAAGCCAAAGGGAUUGAUAAAGGUGAGCCAGAGACAGUAGUCCUGGUGAAGAGCCUAACCACACGAGAUGAGCAGCUACAACUGGAGUUUCGGCGGGAGUUUGAGAUGUUUGGUAAAAUGAAUCACAGCAAUGUUGUAAGACUGCUGGGCCUCUGUCGUGAAAUGGAACCACAGUAUAUGAUCACUGAAUAUGUCGAUCUGGGAGACCUCAAACAGUUCCUCCGUAUUGUGAAGGGCAGUGAAGAGAAGAUCAAGUCGCAGCCAUUAAAUUUGAAACAAAAGGUACAUAUUUGCACACAGGUGGCACAGGGGAUGGAAUACCUGUCAAACCAUCGCUUUGUACACAAGGAUUUGGCUGCUCGAAACUGCCUGAUCAGUGCACAGCGACAGGUCAAAGUGGCAGCACUUGGCCUGAGUAAGGACGUGUACAACAGUGAAUAUUACCAUUUCCGCCAAGCGUGGAUUCCACUGCGCUGGAUGCCUGCUGAAGCCAUAUUUGAGGAUGAUUUCUCCACCAAGUCAGAUGUGUGGUCCUUUGGUGUCCUUGUGUGGGAAAUCUUCUCACAGGGGGAGCUGCCAUUUUCUAAUCUCAGUGAUGAUGAAGUAUUAACAGGUGUACAGAACAACAAAAUCAAACUCUCUGCACCUGAAUGUUGCCCAUCUAAACUGCACAAACUGAUGCAACACUGCUGGGCAGCCAGCCCCAAGGACCGUCCAUCCUUCAGUGAGAUUGCCAACACUCUUGGUGACAUUCCUGCUGACAGCAAAGUGUGAGGGGAAUUGUUAACUGUUCCCAUAAUUGUGUAUCAUGUACAGUGUUUCAGGAAUGGAAGGCAUCCCAUUGGGUUUGUUUGUUGGCUGUAUCUGAUAUUUUUAAUUUUUUUCCUUUUUUUAUUAUUAAUUCAUACAAGGAAAUGAGCAUCUCAAAUUCCAGGGUCCUUUUGCCUUAAGGUCAACACUACAGACUGCCUUUUCAUAAGGCUUCUGUCCUCUGCUACCUUUGUACAUGUAUUUUUGCCGUGGAGAGUUUUAGUCUGUUGGGUACAAGAGCUUGGAAUGACCACAUCCAAAGCCAUCAGCUGAGUUCUGGUAGACAGAGAACGGCAACAAGACAGAAUGACCAGUGUAUUGAAUGAGAGCAAUGAGUAUCAAUUACUCCACCCACUGUCUCAGGUGGGAACUGUUAAAAUAGCACAAUCAUUGAUCUUGUAACCAGCAAAUUAUGAGGCUGAAUAAAUUUCCUUAAUCAAUCUAUUUAUUUCCAAAAUGCAAGAACUGUGCACGGUUGAUCUUGGAUAGCUAAUCACAUUCAGAGAAACUGAGAGACGAUCAUGAACUGCAAACAUGUUGGCUGUCUGCUGCAUGAUCGUUCGUGACCACAUGAUGCUUGAGCUAAUGUCAUCAACACUUCUUGCAGUAGAAAUAAGCUUGAGAAGCCUCUAUUUAUACUAAUAGGUUCUCAGUGAUCUAGUCUUUCUAUCAUGGUACUGUUUAUUUGGCUUUUUUUAAAGUUUAUUUUAUGUAUGUUAACCUGUAAACAUAUAUUUACAAGCAAAAACACUAUAUCUAAAGCCAGUAUUGAACUGGUGUUACAUAUAGGCAAAUCUAUACUGAACCAAGUGCCUGGUCAAUGAAGGAAUUUUUUUUAUCAACGUUCAAAACUUAAGAAAUGAAAGUUCCUGUUUCUUUUUAUUUCUUUUCAAGACCUUUUUGUAUUAAGUUUUUCAGUUUUUUAUAAGUAUGUAAAGAAAUAAACCUUGGCUGAAAUAGAUUUUUUUUAAAACUUGAAUAACUUUUUUUGCUCAUUUGGCUUCUGUAUUUGGUUUCAUAUCCGUCAAUUUUUUAAAUGCUGCUGUCAAUAAAGUUGACAAUUUUUGGUACUUGA